AUGAGAAAGAGCCGCCCCAUGUCGCCGUCGCCGUCUCGAGGGCCGCGGUCGCUGUCGCCGCCCAGGGGCUCCCCCGUGCACGGCGAGGGCAAGAUCUCGCUGCGCGUGGACCAGCCCGUGGAGGGCUGCAAGAUGAUGACGCACGCCUUCUUCCGCUCCGGGGACGGCGACAUCGACGACAAGAACGUGGACAUGCAGUUCCACUGGUACAGGUCCUCCAUGCGGCGCGCGUGCGCCAACCCGGAGUGCACGCGCCACACGAGCGACGGCGCCGGCAACGUGCUGCUGCUCGUGGCCAAGAUCGAGUGCGUGCAGUGCUGCCGACUCGGCAUCACGCGGGAGCACUCGUGCUUCUGCAGCCCGGACUGCUUCCGCCUGGCCUGGCACAAGCACAAGCAGCUGCACGACACGCAGGCCCUGCUCGAGACGCAGCAGCGGGAGGACGGCGACUUUCCCUGGAAGUCGCAGCUGCACAACAUGGAGACGUUCUGCCCGCUGCCCAAGGAGUCGUGGGUCAAGGUGCAGGAGGAAAACCGGUCGUACACGCCUUCCGCUGAGGACGUCGGCCACGUGAUUCGAGUGGAGUGCCAGGCCACCAAGCGUGUCGGCGGCGGCGUGCUGACCAAGACAGUCGACACUGGGAUCGUGCUGCCGUUUCCGCCCAUGCCACCGCGUCGGCAGAUGCUCGCGAACGUGAACGAAGAGCGGUUGACCCCGCGGCUGCGGCAGAUUGGCGUCUUCCGAGUGCUCACGUACAACAUUUUGGCCGAGAUCUACGCGACGCGACAGAUGUACCCGUACUGCCCGAUCUGGGCUUUGAGCUGGUCAUUCCGGAGGGAGCUGCUCAAGCGCGAGCUGCAGUCGUACAACGCCGACAUUAUCUGUCUCCAAGAAGUACAGGGUGACCACUACAAGAACUUUUUUGCUCCGAUGAUGGAGGACUGGGGCUACGAGGGCUGGUACUUGAAGAAGUCGCGCGAGUCGAUGGGGCUUGAGGGCAAGGUGGACGGCUGUGCGCUCUUUUACAAGCGCAACCGAUUCAUCCUCAAGGAGCGGUACCCAGUCGAUUUCAACGACCUCGCGAACGAGUUCCUGAACCAGGUGCAGACGGAGUACGACCUAGACUACCAGGGCCCGUCGAUGGCAGCUCGCGAGAUGUUCUUGUCGACGCUCAACAAGAUGCGGCAGCGGCUUCAGCGCGACAAUGUGGCGCAGAUCGCCGUGUUAGAGGUGGUCCCUGCGAACAACGAAGUCGUCGCACGGAAAUCGCAGUCGGGGCCGCUGAUCUGUAUCGCGAACGUGCAUAUUUUCUCCAAUCCGAAGUUCCCUGACGUCAAGAUGUGGCAGACAAAUAUGCUCGCGAAGCAGCUUGAGCGGGUGACGCUGAGUCGCAACUUGCCCACGAUUCUUUGCGGGGACUUUAAUAGCGAACCUACUAGCGCAGUGUACGAAUUUAUGACGCGCAACCACGUGCCGCUGGACCACCCAGACAUCCAAUACCCGCCGCCGCUGAUCGCGAACAUCUAUGCGUCGCUGGAUCUGGAGCACAGCAUCGGCUUUGCCAGUGCGUAUGCAUCCGUGUUUGGCGCCGAGCCGGAGUACACGAAUUACACAGGUCACUGGACAGGGGUCGUCGACUACGUAUGGUAUACACCGGAGACGCUGACGCCGUUCGCCGGACUGAAGGUGCACCCGCCCGAAGUGCUCGAGGCGUACUCGAAGACGGCGCUGCCCAACUGCCAGUUCCUGUCGGACCACGUUCCUCUGUUCGGACCACAAAGUGGCUCUCUUACAAACACCAAGUCAAAUCAUGUCGCACUAGCGUCCCCAUCUGGCUGCUGCCACACACCCGUCCCCUCUGAGCAAAAGACUUCACUUCACCUCACUCCUCGAGCUCGAACGAUGCAGACGUCGCAGGUGUACGCGGUGGACCGCGUGUACGGCGACCUGCAGCCGCAGUUCGUGGCCAAGGACGUGCUCAAGGCGCUGUCCCAGCUGGACGCCGUGGUCGGGGACGUGUUCAACCGCCUGGCGCACAAGGUCUCGCAGGAGAAGGAGCGCGUGGCCGCCGUGGACGCGCGCAUCCAGGUGUGCCAAGCCAAGGUGAACGCGCUCACGGCGCGGCGCACGAGCAACAAGCCCACGACCGUCUUCUCCACGUCCAAGUACCCGGCCCCCAGGCAGCUGCCGCUCUCCAGGACGCUGUUCCACGACAAGCCGUACGCCGACGCGCCGCCGCUCGUGCCCGACGCGGACGACGACACGCACUUCCUGCCGGCCGAGCCGCUGCCCCCCGCGCAGCGAGGCCAGCACAUGGCCGAGGUCGUGGAGCUCUUCGAGAAGGUCAACGAGUACCAGAAGACGCAGCAGCCCGAGGCCGACAUGGAGAAGGAGGGCCUCGGCCGACUGCCCGAGUACAUCCCGUCCGUGGGCAGCGUGCUGCUCUUCAACUCUGGGGAGAACCCGUACCAGAAGUACACGUCAUGGGACAACUUGCUGGGGACGGACUACGAGGAGGAGGAGGAGAAGCGGAAGGAGCUGGCCAAAGCCCCGCGUACCAUUGAAUACGGAGACGAGCUGCCGGCCGUGCACGGACUCAACUACGAGUUCCACCCGUCGAUGGGCAUCAUGCCGGACAUGUCGGCGAAGCUGCCGACGAACCUGCCGCUCGAGAACAUCGCCGACUACAAGUACGCGCAGGAGAGCAACACGUCGAUCGCGCCCUCCAUGUUCCAGGACAAGGCGCUCCCGGACCUGCCUGCGGUCGCGAACUUUGCAGAGGGACCAGUCGCACAGGAGCCAUCGGAGCAGAACUUCCAAGUGGGCCCCGUCGACGGCGCUCCACCUCCACCUCCACCGGCGCCGACAGUUGACUUCACGAAAAUCGACGACGGUGCACCCCCGCCGCCGCCACCGCCUCCCCCCGCUCAAGAAGACGAAGAGGACGACUCGGCCCCGCCACCGCCCCCGCCACCUAUGGCUAACAGUGAAGACGAAGACGCGCCCCCUCCACCACCGCCGCCGCAAGAGGACGGACCUCCGGCACCUCCGGCUCCUGAGGAGGAAGAUAACCAGCCACCGAUCGUUAGCUUGCUGGAUCAGAUUCGAAACCCCAACAUCAAGCUCAAAAAGGUGGACCCGAACGAAAAAAAGGACGACCCCAUUGCAAAGGCAGGAGAUACCGCUAACAAACCGCUAACAAUCGCCGAAGAAAUGCAGCAGCGAAUGCUGCGGCGACAGGCUGCUAUCAGCGGCAAGCAGGACCAGAUGGAGCAGAAGCGUGAGCGAGAGAAGGCCGCCGCGAAGCCCGUGACGGUGCUGACAGCGAAGGAGGUGACGGCUCCAACCCAGCCUCCGCCUCCGCCACCUCCGUCUGACGACGGUCAGCAGCACAAUAAGCUACCGACGCUUGCGAUGUCGGACGAUGGCAGUGACGACGGUCGUGGCAACAUCUCCGACGACGACAAGUCGAACGAUGGUGACGAUUUCUUGGCCCAAAUUCGGAACAUCAAGAAAAAACAAGAGGAGGGUGGUCCAAACACGCAACCACGACAGCCGCCACCACCACCCAAAACACAAGAAAUCAAGAAUCCAGUGGCGGACUUCGAAUCGCAAAUGAUCGGACUACGGAACCGUGAGGACUCCUUGAGCAUGUCUGAAGCCUCGGAUUGGUCGGACGACUAG